CUGAAUCAGCAACGGAACCGCGUGCAUAAUUAUACAUAGAGCAAAAUGGCAGCAAGAGGCGGUGGAAGUGUGCAACCUCUGAAGGAGAUAGAAGCAGCCGUCAUUGGGGACAUCGUGCCAGUGGAGGCAAUAGAGGAGGUGGAGAGACAGUACAAGCAGCAGGUGGCAGAUGGAGGGGCCAGUGAUGAGGUCAAGUUCUCGUAUGCAGUGUACCUCAUCAAGAGUGGCUUCAAGAAUGACAUCAGGAAGGGCAUCAGACUCAUGGAGAGUGAUAUUAGUCAGGGGAAGGACCAGAGAGACCAUUUCUACUUCAUUGCUAUGGGACACUAUAAAUUGGAGUUAUGCUUUGGGUUGGAGGUGAAGGGCGGCAAGGUGUUGCCAAAAGUCUUGGUCUUGGAAGACGAAACAAUGAAGAUGUUCUUUCUAGAGGAACUUGACCUCGAAACUGUGACCGGCAUUCGCCGUCUAAUGAAAAUCAGUGUUAUUCGUUACGUAUGUGAUGUAGUGUUAACAGCAGCUUUUUAUUAUCUGUUUAUGCCUGAUCACCCCUCACAUGCUUCGAUCACCACGGAUUCAUGUGUAAUUUUCUGUAUAAUAUAU